AUGAAAGUUACAGCCGAAUUUACAGGCGGGCUGGAGUAUUUGUUUGGCGGCCACAAGACCAUUCCAUUGGAGCUCCAAUCGCCAGCAUUUAUCAGGGAUGUUGUUGCAGCCCUUGUGUCUGAUCAUUUAAAAGAGCGGAAAGAGCUGUUUAUUGCAGAGAAUACCGUGCGGCCCGGCAUUCUCGUCCUUCGCAACAAUACAGACUGGGAGCUAGAGGAGGGUCAAGACACGAUGCUUUGCGGAAACGACGUUGUCACCUUUAUUUCUACGCUCCACGGAGGAUAA